AUGUACAGUGAUAACGGUACCAAUUUCCACGGUGCCGACCGCGAACUGCAACGGCAAUUUCACGCGUUGACGGAUCACCCCGCAAUGCGAGAUGUUCUCGCCGCCAACGGCGUGGAAUGGGAGUUCGUCCCGUCGGCCGCUCCGCAUUUUGGCGGUCUGUGGGAAGCUGGAGUGAAGAGCUUCAAAGCUCACUUAAAGCGAGUCGUCGGGGCUCGCACGAUUUCUCGGGCGGAAUUCGCGACGCUUCUGUGUCAAAUAGAAGCCUGCUUGAACUCGCGUCCGAUUGCUGCUCUCAGCGACGACCCCAGCGACAUGUCCGCGCUCACGUCCUGA